UCCAAGCUUCGUGGAUCCGUACACUGUGAUUGAUCAACUAGCUAACUUGUUCUAUUUCGCGUCAAUACGCGUUUCUGGCUUGAUUACUACUCCUGCUAAAAUAAGCUUCUGUGCCUGACGAGAUUAUCUGAAGUGCUGUCAGAACGCGAUCGGUAACUUAUCAAACUAGCUAGCUAGCUAACUAGCGCCGUGUCCCCUCCUGCUAGGUACCACGCGACAGUUGAGGUUAUCGCAACGCAGUGUCAUCCACCCCAUACAGUUAUACAAGCCCAAUGGCGCCACGAUACGCCCUUUCGAGUUCGGAGCCCGAGUCGGAAGCUGAAUCUGCGUCCGGUCGUCCUGCCGAUGAUGUCCUGGAGCAGGCACUGCGUGAUGCGGUUACGAAGGUGUACAAGUCAGGCAAAAUGGAGGAAUUGACGGUGAAGCGGGUGCGACUAGCUGCGGAGAAGGAGCUCCAGUUGGAAGAGGGCUUUUACAAGACUCAGGGGGAUUGGAAGACAAGGAGUGAGCAGAUCAUUAAGGAUCAGGUGGAGGAGGAAGAGAAAGCCGCCCAGGAACCCGUGCCGGAUGACGAGGAAGAUGCCGCUUCAUCUGCUUCCGAAGACGCCAAGCCUGCCAAACGAACAAGACCAGAGAAGCCAUCGGCAUCGCGCAAGCGUCAGAAGAAAAGCGCUUCGAUAUCCGAUAACGGAGAUGUAGCCAACGCAUCACCAGACGAGGAUGAAGACAAGGUAGAAAAGGUCCCGAAAAGACAGACUAAGGCAACACCAAAGAAGCAGCCAUCGCCCAAGGCUUCAGAAGACUACGUUCAAGAUUCCGAUGAGGAAGAAGGGGCAAAACCAGAGAAAGCCGAAGAGACACCAAGGGAUGACUCUGAGAGCGAACUUUCAGUUGUCCUAGACGAGGAGCCUAAACCGAAGCCGAACCGCAAGCGACAGAAAAGUGCCGAGGCACCCCCGCGCAAGGGCAGGAAACAGACAACGGCAAAGGGAAAGGAUGCGGAUAUAGACCCAAACCAAGCGGAAAUCAAGCGGUUGCAAGGCUGGCUGUUGAAGUGCGGGAUCCGCAAGAUGUGGGCACGGGAGCUGGCUCCCUACGAUACGCCCAAAGCGAAGAUCAAUCACCUCAAGGGCAUGCUGAAGGACGCAGGCAUGGAGGGGCGCUACUCGGUUGAGAAGGCUAAUCGUAUCCGCGAGGAGCGUGAACUCAAAGCUGAUCUGGAGAUGGUCCAAGAAGGAGCCAAGCGAUGGGGUAAAGAAAGCGGCAGCGAGAACAGUGAUGAUAGUCGACCAAAGCGGCGGCUGAAUCGCGGGCGGAAGAGUCUGGCCUUUUUAGAGAGCGAGGGCGAGGAAACGGACUGAGAUGGUGAAUGACGAUCAAUGUGCGGGUUGCUGCAUGAGGUUUAGCUGUCGCAGUAUCUGCCUGGCGCAGGCUGUGGGUCGUAAUGACACUCGAGAUAAUUGAAUAGUCCAUGUUGGCACAUCACGCCUUAUUUCCCUG